ACCACUUCCUGAUUCAUCGCUCUGAAACUGUGUCGGGGAAACGAUACACAAAUUGAGAUAGACCAACCCCCUUUGGACAUACUCCCCACAUAGGCUAUUCCCCACUGCAUCGCUGGACUAGACAAUGUGACCCUGUACCGCACAGUUCACCCGCCUGUGCUAGUUGAAAACACCCGGAGCUACGGACCGAGGUGUCGGUGUUAUCACGGGACUAGGUGGGACAACAGCGUUUCGACGGGCAUUAAUCUGCCUGCCAGUACAGAGCCCGUCCAGCUGGCUGCCGCCUGCCCUACAGCGACGGGAGAGGUGCCAGCUGAGCUGUGCUCCAGCGAGCCAUGCGACAGUGGUGUGUCACGGCUGCGACCCCACGCACUGAACCACUCCCCACAGGGCGCCUCUCACCAGCACCCCCCUUAACAGAUGACAGGAUGGAGUGCGGUGCGGUGGAGCCCCGCUACACCAUUGAACAGAUAGACCUCCUGCAGCGCCUGCGCUUAUCCGGCAUGACCAAGCCCCAGAUCAUCCACGCCCUGGAGUCACUGGAGCGCCUGGACCCGGAGCGCCGCCCACCCCACUGUGACCCCCCACCCAACGGCACUCCUCUGACCUCCAUCACCGCCACAGCCACCGCCGCCACCACUCCAGCCCCGAACCCGGCCCCGGCCCCCACCGCCACCUCUGCCCCCCAGGCCCAGGCUCCAUCCUCCUCUUCGUCCUCCUCCUCCUCCUCGCUGUCGCUCGCCUCCGCCACCACGCAGACCUCGGGCCUGGACGGGCCCUCGCUGUCACCAAGCAACAGCUAUGAGGCCUCGCCCCCGCCCCUCUACACCGCCAGUGCCGGGGCGCCCAGGUCGUUCAGCUACGACAUGCUCGGGGAGGAGGAGUGGGACCUGGAGGAGAAGGUGGAGGAGUACAUGAGGAGGGACAGCAACCUCGUGAAAGAAGAGAUCAAAGCCUUCCUGAACAAUCGCAGGAUUUCUCAGGCAAUUGUGGGCCAAGUCACAGGCAUCAGUCAGAGCUACAUCUCCCAGUGGCUGCUGCAGCAGGGGCUGGAGAUGAGUGACUCCAAGCGCCGAGCCUUCUACCGCUGGUAUCUGCUGGAGCGGAACAACCCAGGGCUGAGGUGGAGUGAAAGCCAGCACGGCCAGGGUCCCGUACCCAGGGCCAGGGGAGGGGACAGAGACGGGCCGGCCACGGGGCUGAGCGCCGCUGGCCUGGCCGCCAACAUCCUCCCAAACCCCAACACCAACCUGCACCCCAACCCCGCCUGGGCCCGGCAGAGGGAGCUGCUGAUGCACCUGCUGCCCUGGUACACUGCUGCGGCCGCGGCGGCCCAGGCCCAGCCAGGUGCCACUCUGUCGAUGCGGUCUUUUGUGAAGGAGGAGCCCGAUUGGAGGACAGGGAUCCUGAGUGGCGAGAGGGGCGGGUUAGUGGGCGGGCCUUUGAGGCUGCGCAGAGGUAGCCGGUUCACCUGGAGGAAAGAGUGCCAAUCAAUCAUGGAGAGUUUCUUCAUAGAGAACCAGUAUCCUGACGAAGCGAAGCGAGAGGAGAUUGCCAAUGCAUGCAACUCUGUCAUCCAGAAACCAGGCUGCAAGCUGUCUGAGUUUGAGCGCGUGACAGCGUUGAAGGUGUACAACUGGUUCGCCAACCGCCGCAAGGAGAUGAAGAGGAGAGCCAACAUCGAGGCUGCUAUUCUGGAGAGCCACGGGAUCGAAGUGGCCAGCCCCAGCUGCCACUCCAACGGAGAGGAUGCCGAGGCGCAAGACUACAGCGAGCAUAUCCAGCAACGCUUCUCAGAGCAGGAAGAGUUGUCUUCCCAGAGAAAUGCCGAUCAACAAGACCCUACCUCAUUGGCUGCCGCUGAGGGCGCAUCACUUCCUAGCCCUGCCCCUCAGCUCCCAGAACAAAUGAAAGAUCAGGAAUCUAAAAUGGACACUGUGGACGAGGAGUGACCGAGCCCCUCCCCAAGGAGAGCUUGGUUUUCGGAAACGACAAACAAAAUAGGAAAAAAAAGCCCAAGUGUCUCUCCCUCUGCCCUCCUCUCCCUAUCAGUGGGGGCAGACAGGGCUCGCUGACACUUGGGAAAACCAACAAGAGUAUGGGUGCUAAAGCUUGCUGUAGUGCCUCUAGUGGUGAGGAGGCCACUGUAAUCGUAUCAACAGUAAUCCUGCUUAUAUUAAUGGCAAUAUCUAUCUCUAUAUAUAUAGUGCAUUCCAAGACGGUCUUAACAAGCCUACGUUUCUUAGAGGGGGGGGGGGGUUUGAGAGUUUAAGUAUACCUCGCCCAGCUUUUAAUGCUAAGCCUUCAGUUUUUUGCUUCACCUCAUGCCUCUUGUGUUAACCAUUAUCAAGGUAGAGGGUGUUUUGACGGAUGGUGAAUUGACCCUGCUGGUCAGGCGUGUUUUGGGUGAUAAAAGAAAAAACGGAUCUAUUAGGAAUUUGGUGUUUAAAUAAGGUCAAUGCUCCAGGUCGAAGAGGACCUCCUCCAUUCUGCCUAAAUGGCGUUGACUGUGUGUGUGUGUGUUUGUGUGACCGUGUGUUUGUGUGACUGUGUGUCUGAAUGUGAACCUAUGAAAUCAGCCAGUAUUGUUGAUCUCCAACGAUUGAGACUAGAGCGCCCUGAGGGACCGAUCACAUCUCAGGUAAUCCCAAAGAUGGUGGAAAACGACUGAAGAAUCACAUGGUGUUUUUUUGUUUUUUUCUCAAUUAUGUUAUCGUUAAAAUGAUUGUUUCACGCCAUUUCAGCCAUUUUAAACCAAACGGAAAAGGUUUUUUUUACUCUUUUGUAAUUGCUAAAACAAAAACAAAAAAAAUCCCAAUCAUGUACUUUAUUUCCCUCUCUGGGAUUGUAUAAAGUGCAAUAUUAUCUUAUCUUAUCCUAUAUCUAGGUAUAUUUUUGUUGCCUGUCGUCCAUCUUGUAGGUGGUAGGCAGUCUAAUGUUUUUUUUCUAGUUCUAUUUUCUAAUGUACUCUCCUCACAUUUCAGUCUGACUGAACCCAGAAACUCAAUACUAGUGACUCUUGGAAGACUCUUAGUUCUGCAAGUCUACUGUGAGACGGCUUUUAAGUCGACUGUAAGUCCUUUUUUUGUUUCAACGUUUUAGAAGAGAAAACGCUAAAUAUGGAAUGUUCUCAUAUAAUCAUGGGGCAUCGUCUGUAAUCAUGAUAUAUAUCAGCCUGUACUUGCUAAAGGCACCUUCCUCAUAUUUGAAUAAGCUAAAGCUUGAGCUCAUGUUAUUUGAAAAAAUUGCACAGUGGACCCCCACUAUAAGUAAAAGAAGGGAACCGUUAAAAAAAUCUAUAUAUUAAAAUUACAAUUUAUCUCGUUGUGGAUGUUUCCAUCGUGGAUGGUUUCCACGUCUGCGACGAAGUAAAAUCUACGCGUAUACUUUCUGCGGGUACUUUUCUUAUAAUUUUUUUUUUAGGCACUAUUGUGAAACUGUUAUCCAUCAACGUUUUUAACUCUAAAUGGAGGACCUAAUCUCUGCAAUACGUGGUCCGUUAUAUACUCCAUUGUAGGUCCAAGGCCUAGUGAGUAACUUAACUCAGAAUGGUUUAUAAAAUAAACCAUGCCUCUUGUCCUCAAAUACCCCCCACCUAUCUUCCCUCAAGGGGGAGCUACAAUCUUACCUCCUAAUGCCAAAGCUACGUCACGUAUAGACGGGGCAUCAAGAGAACAUUGUUGUGACCUCCACGCAGUAUGUCGACUAGAACGACAAUCGUGACACUAUAUAUCUACACUCGUAAAAUGUUCAUUUUGCUCAAUACACUAGCCAACUCUAGCUUACCUCAAAAUAAUAACUUGUGUCAUGAAUGUGUUUGGCGGUUGGUUGUUAUAACAAAAGAAAAAAAGACAUGUUUUCUGUGACUGUUUCUUCUCUGGACAGUGGUUAUGUAGCAUUUAUGACGAUAGGGGUCUCUGUGUGUGCGUGUGUGUGUGUGUGUGUGUGCGUGUGUGUGUGUGUGUGUGUGUGUGGGUGUGUGUGUCUGAGCGUGUGUGUGUGUGUGUGAGAUCACAUGCCAGUUUCAGAUGAUAGUCUGUCACUGGGGCGAGACCCUCCAAAAAGCUGCACGCUAUUUCUGAUUAUUAAGCUUCUCUUUACCCGUCUGCUUUUAUCUGACAACAAACCAAUAAUAGUAAUAAAAUCUGUAAACGA